AUGGACGCAUUGUUAGCUUCAGCAGGACCAUUGCCGACCAAAAGACCAAAAGGUAAUAACAGCAAUUCCAACAACAACAAUAACUUCAAAUCGAAUUAUUCAAAAGGUCAAAGACAAAGACCAACAUCUCAUCAAACGAUUACAAGAGGAGAUGGAAGUAAUAUCGAUGCGUCGUUAAACUCGAUAUUGUCGAAUACGAGAAUACCAUCUUCGUUUCAUCACUCAAAUCUAGCUUCAGGCUCUGGUUCCACCGGAUCUGCGAAAAUAAGACCUGAUUCAUCAACAAACAAAAUUGUUGACAAGAAAUUAAGAUCAAAGUUAUCACGAGUAGAUAUCAAUAAUAAACAAGCCAAGUUGGAAAGAGAAGAUGUCAAUGAAUGGCUUAAUAAAGCCGUUCAAGGAACAAAAGGUGAUAUAGAAGUAGAUGAAGAAUUAGGUGAAAAAACUUGGAGGAUAAAACAAAAUGAUAUAGUUGAAAACGUAGCUGUCAAUUCAAGUAAGAAGAAAUUCGAUUUGAAAAUGAAUGAUAUGGGUACUUACAAAGUCGAUUAUACAAAAAAUGGAAGACACCUGGCAAUAGCAUCUUCAAAAGGUCAUAUAGCGACAUUCGAUUGGCAAGCAGGGAAAUUACAUUCUGAAAUACAUCUAAAAGAGUCAGUGAGAGAUAUCAAAUUCUUACAUUCGGAGGAUUACUUUGCUGUCGCUCAGAAGAAAUACGUCUUCAUAUAUGACAAAGAUGGUGUGGAGUUGCAUAAAUUGAAACAGCAUAUUGAUCCUACACAUAUGGAAUUCUUACCGUACCACUAUCUAUUGACCACUGUGGGUCAUGCAGGCUACCUUAAAUACCAUGAUACCUCAACCGGUGUAAUGCUUACCCAGAUCCCUACUCAUCUCGGAUCACCUCAUUCCAUGGCGCAAAAUUCUCAUUCUGCCAUCAUCCAUCUUGGACAUUCAAACGGAACCAUGACCUUAUGGUCACCGAACAUGACCACACCACAUGUCAAACUCUUAGCACAUCGAGGACCAGUGAAUGGAAUAGCUGUAGAUCCAAGUGAAUCAAGUGCAGGAAGAUACGUGGCGACAAGUGGUAUGGAUGGUGUAGUCAAAAUUUGGGAUGGUAGAAUGUGGGGAAAAGAAUUAAGAUCGUGGCAUGUCAGAAACCAGAUUACUUCAUUAAACUAUUCAGGUAUGGGUAUGUUAAGUGUAGGAGGUAAAUCAGGUAUAACCGUAUAUCGCGAUCUAACAUCAACAACAAAUUCAAAUCCAAAAAAUCAAUUCACCCCAACACCAUAUUUAACUUUACCUUUACCUUCAUUAACUGCGUCAUCAAUUAAAUUUUGUCCAUUCGAGGAUAUAUUAGCUGUUGGACAUGAAAAAGGAAUUUCAUCUCUACUGGUUCCUGGAUCAGGUGAACCCAACUUUGAUUCUAAUGAAGCAGACGUAUUUGAAACUUAUUCAAGAAGGAGAGAAAGAGAUGUGAGAAAUGUAAUGGAUAAAAUCAAACCUGAAUUGAUAACGCUCAAUACCGAUUUCUUGGGUCAUGUGAACGAAUCUAGAGGUGGUGAGACUCACGAAGAAAGGAAUUCAAGAUCGUUUAGACAAUUAGGUAGAUUAGAAAGAUUAAGAAUUAAUGGGAAAUCAGAUGAACAACAAGCCGAAUUAGAAGAUGACGAAGAAGAGGAACAAGAAGACGGCGAGCAAAUACAAGGUGGAAAGAAAGAAAAAGUCAAAAGAAAAAUGAAAGGUAAAGGUGGAAGUACAAGUAGAUAUUUAAGGAAAAAACAAAAGAAGAAUAUCGUUGAUAAUACCUUGCUUGCAAUGAAGGCUAAAGUAGCUGCACAAAAGCAAUCAGAAGAUACGAGAAGGAAAAUCGCAAGUGGUGAAAUCGUAAAGGAAGUUGGAGCCUUGGCUAGAUUCGGAUAG